AUGGCCUGGCAGCCGAUGGAGAUCAACCCCGAGAUGCUGAACAAAGUGCUGUCCCGCCUCGGGGUGGGUCCUGGCUGGCGCUUCGUGGACGUGCUGGGCUUCGAGGAUGAGACACUGCGCGCCGUGCCCACCCCGGCCUGCGCACUGCUCCUGCUGUUCCCGCUCACUGAGCAGCAUGAAAACUUCAGGAAGCAACAGACUGAGAAAAUAAAGGACCAGGAGAUCAGUUCCAAAGUGUAUUUCCUGAAGCAGACUGUCAGUAACUCCUGUGGGACAAUUGGUCUGAUACAUGCAGUUGCUAAUAACAAAGACAAAUUGAAACUUGAGGAGGGGUCUGCCCUGAAGAAGUUUCUUGAUGAAACAGCUGAUUUGUCUCCUGAAGAAAGAGCUAAGCAUUUGGCAAAUAAUAAGGCUAUCCAAGAAGUCCACAAUUCUGUUGCACAAGAAGGACAAUGUCGGGUUGAGGACAACAGCGUGAACUUCCAUUUCAUCCUUUUUGUCAAUGUGGAUGGACACCUGUAUGAAUUGGAUGGCCGUAUGCCAUUUCCUGUAAACCAUGGCACAAGCUCGGAUGACUUGCUGUUGAAGGAUUCUGCCAAGAUCUGCAGACAAUUUACAGAACGUGAAAAAGGAGAAGUUCGUUUUUCUGCUGUGGCUUUCUGCAAGUCUGCUUAA